AUGAGAUCAUCGAAACCUUUUGUAACGGACUGGUCACAGCUCCGAUUGAUCUGGCCCGGCCUGGUCAGCGAGUGCGUGAUUCAGCAACAGCUGACGGUAAGUCAGGGCCCGGUGCAUUGGGUGACUUCCGCUAAUUUGCGUAUCAAUCAUCAAGGCUUCUGGACAGAAUUCGUCGGGUUUGAUCUUCUGCCGGUCUUGCAGCGUCCUGAGGACCCGUUCCCCCCAGAAAUCAAGACCUUGGUGCGUAGCGUGCUGGAUCAUUUCCCAGAGGAGUGGAACAACUCCUUCGGCCUGGUCCACCAGCGGCUCCUUCUCGUGCUGUUCUCGGACGAGGAAGUGACUCGGAUCCUGCACCGGCUCGUAUCCGGCGUCAAGCCUGGCGGCUGGAUCCAGCUCUUUGAAGGGAGCGGAAAGCGACUCCAUGACCCACGCGCCAAGUACUUCGGGCCUUCUACGAUCUGGUGGCGAGGCAUCUGA